AUGGAAGGCAGUAGUUCACAGCAGCAGGAAAGCUCUGCCUCUCUACUGGGUUCGUUGGACUCUAUCAGCAUUGGUGAAGGAAGCUUCGAUGCAGAUUACUCAAAUGACAGUGUGAGAACUACAUCGCCGGAUUAUAAUUCAACGACGAUGCUUGAUGCAGAUAGAAUGGAUCAGCACACCAACGAGCAAACGGUAUCAGUUGCGAAUUCGAAGCGUCAGGGGGAACGGCCGUAUAGCUUCUUAUCAAAAGCUGAGCGAAAAGCAUACAAAAGAUCCACAGAAACCCAAACUGAGCGUGAUAAACGCCUUUCAACCGAUGCAAAGAAGAAAAGAAUGAGAAAAUCAGUUGAAACUGAAGACGAAAGGGGUAUGCGCCUUGCUAGAGACAGGGCAAGGAAGAGGAGACUGCCGCUUGCUUUUGAGAACCCCAACGAAACUACAGUCAGUCUUCAGUCAGCAGAUAUGAUGAGUUUUCUGCAUCAGUCAGAGGAUAGCGGCAUACUCGGUCAAGAAGUUAUUGCACGAAAUCUAAGUCCUCAAAGAGGAUCAAUGGAAGUGGAAGUCGAAGCCGCUUUGGGAUCGUCAACGCCUGCAUUUGUUUUUACUCCCUUACAAGAAACGAACAACGAGAUUUUACGUGGGAUGGAAACAAUUCUGGCUGACGUAAGUUGGAACAACGUCGAUCCUCAACCAAACCAUAUUUUCGAGGAACAUGGAGAAGAUGGACUGCAAAGCUUACAUGCGCAUGCAGGUCCUUCGAUAACGCAGGACAACACGGAGCAAGGUGAAAGUUCGCAGUUUCUCUCACUCAGCCCAACUAGAAUUCCUUCUGUUGUUCAGGUACGAGAGGUGGUAGUGUUCCCUUUGCUUAAAUGA